AGCGAGUGACGGUCGGGGCGGCGGCCGAGAGGGCCGGGCCGGGGCGGGGCGGCAGCCCAGCGAGGCGGCGCGCGGGCGGCCUUGUCCCGCCCCCGGCCCGCCCCGGUGACCUUCACGGGCUGGGCUGGGCGGCGGCGUUGGCGGCGGCGGCGGCGCGAUGUUCGUGCAGGAGGAGAAGAUCUUCGCGGGCAAAGUGCUGCGGCUGCACAUCUGCGCGGCCGACGGCUCCGAGUGGCUGGAGGAGGCGGCGGAGGACACGUCGGUGGAGAAGCUCAAGGAGCGCUGCCUCAAGCACUGUGCACCGGGGAGCUUAGAAGACCCCAAAAGUGUGACCCAUCACAAGUUAAUCCAUGCUGCAUCAGAACGUGUGCUGAAUGACGACAAGACAGUCUUGGAGGAGAAUGUCCAGGACCAUGAUGUCCUGCUGCUGGUCCGGAGGCGUGUGCCCACCCCACUGCCCAAGAUGGCCGAGGUGUCUGCAGAGGAGAAGAAGCAGGAGCAGAAGGCCCCUGACAGGGACGCCAUCUUCCGGGCCACUGCCAACCUGCCAGCCUUCCACACAGAGCAGACAGCAUCGCAGAGCAGCAUGAGGGACUUCCAAACAGAACUCCGCAAGAUCCUGGUAUCACUCAUCGAGGUGGCACAGCGUCUGCUGGCAUUGAACCCCGACGCAGUGGAGCUGUUCAGAAAGGCGAACGCAAUGCUAGACGAGGAUGAAGAUGAGAGGGUGGAUGAGGCGGCCCUACGGCAGCUCACGGAGAUGGGCUUUCCUGAGACCAGGGCAGCCAAGGCGUUGCGGCUCAACCACAUGUCAGUGCCUCAGGCCAUGGAGUGGCUCAUCGAGCAUGCGGAGGACCCCACCAUUGAUGCCCCUCUCCCCGGCCGCACCGAGUCGCCCGCUGGGCCCCAGGCUCCUUCCACAUCCGAGGCAGCAUCUGCUGGGCCUGGGAGUGACGAGGAGGCCCGGGACGAGCUGACUGACAUCUUCAAGAGGAUCCGGCGGAAACGGGAGUUCCGGGCAGAUGGCCGGGCUGUCAUCUCCCUCAUGGAAAUGGGAUUCGAUGAGAAGGAGGUACUGGAUGCACUGCGCGUCAACAACAACCAGCAGAGCGCCGCUUGUGAGUGGCUGCUAGGUGACCGGAAGCCAUCUCCCGAGGAGCUGGACAAGGGUAUCGACCCCGACAGCCCCCUCUUUCAGGCCAUCCUGGACAACCCUGUGGUGCAACUCGGCCUCACCAACCCCAAAACUCUCCUCGCAUUCGAAGACAUGCUGGAGAACCCGCUAAGCAGCACGCAGUGGAUGAACGACCCUGAGACAGGCCCUGUCAUGCUGCAGAUCUCGCGCAUCUUCCAGACCCUCAAUCGCACCUAGGAUGGUUUGCCCACACUCACGGAGAAGCAGCUGCUCCUUGGUGGCCUCUGGGAGGGUCCCUCUGACAGCGGUGGUGAGCGUGAGCGGCCCACUAAUAAAAAACCCUUCCUAGC